GUUGAGUAGAAGUUCUAGUUACUGAAGGAAUCCACUGUGAGGGGUAAUAUAGCCACUCCCACCGUACCUGCUAUCAAAUUCAUAAAUUGGUUCUUGAAUCUUGUCGUAGCCGUGUGAGGCAGUAAGCAGCGGGACACAUAAUGUACCUACCUAGGUACCUACCGCAAACCAUAGCGUAUUAGAAAUCCUCCCAUCUACAUAGUUCAAUCUAAACCAGUCUACACAAUGCCCUGACAAGCUGCGUUGAAAGAGUGUGGUGUAAAAAAGCGGGGUGUUACGCUUAUCGUUCAAUCGGAUUCCCUCCAUUAUUACGUAGGCAUCUACUAGAGGCAACGGUCCUCCUCGGUGAUGGACAAGCAGCAACAGCAGUUAUCCCCCUUCGUGUUAGCAAAGCCACCAUCGAGCCAUGACAAAACGUGUCUGCAUCGUCGGUGCUGGACCAUCUGGCCUGGUAGCGGCCAAGACACUUUUACAUGAUGCUGCGCCAGCGUCAUUCAACGUCACCAUAUUUGACUCACAACCUCGGAUUGGAGGCUUGUGGCCCGCGCACAAGGGUGACGGUGCCGGCCUUGUCCACCCGUUGAUGGUAGCCAAUCAGAGCAAGCACACGGUUCAGUUCAGUGACCUUGCCUGGAAGGACUCUGACCCGGAGUUCCCCAAAGCAUGGCAAAUCGGUCGUUACCUGGAGCGAUAUUCAAAAGUGUAUGGAGGCGCAGAUGUAAGACUAGGUCACAAGGUAGUGAAGGCAGAAUAUCAAGAUGGGGGUAAAUGGGAGGUACGAACAAUUUCCGAUAAGGGCGCUGAGACCAGCAUUUUUGACUAUCUGGUCGUGGCCACGGGCUUCUUUGGAGAACCGCUAUGGCCCAAGGGCAUCUCAAACCAGGGUGAGGUGCCAAUCAUUCACAGCAGCAAAUACCGAGAUGUAGAGAGUCUCCUAUCAAAAGCCAAGGAUACCAGUGAUAAAAUCCUCAUCGUCGGUGGACAGAUGUCCGGGGUUGAGAUUGCUGGCACUAUUGCAACUCAUUUGUCCUCUCUUGUUCAUUCGCCUGGGUCAAAAGCAAUUCCGAACGCAGAGCGUUUCACGAUACACCAUGUGUCACAGCGCCCAGCAUGGACAGUUCCUCUCUACACUUCUGUCAAGCCCGACACCCCAGCGCCUCCUUUCCUGCCUUGUGAUUUGCCGUCUUAUAACCUAGCUUUGCGUCCUCCUAUUUUAGAGGAUACUCAAGGACACAUCACUGUUGAAGCCGCGCGCAAAUCCAAUUCGAUACACCGAUCUGUGUUAGGCACAGACCAAUCUAUAUUUUCCCAAGAAACCAAGAUUGAUGGGGAACUACUCGAUCAGCCACCAUUUCUUGCAAUAAGCACCCACUAUAUGGAUUUUGUGCGAUCUGGGCUUAUCAAGCUUCACAAAGGUCGAUUGUUGAACGUCACAGGAGAUACAGCUGUGAUAUCAUCGAAAGGCUGCAAAAAGGGGGGAGACGAAAAGUCAUUGGAUAAUAUUGCCGCAGUUGUCGUUGCGACGGGUUAUGAUUCAUCCCCCUCGAUAUCAUUCCUUGACGACGACAUUAAAGAGGCACUUCUCUACUCUCCAGCUCAUCCUGGUCUCCCCUUAGCGUUAGCUUUCCAUGAGACAUAUCAUCCAUCUUUCCCAACUCUCGGGUUUGUUGGUUUCUAUCGAUCACCUUACUGGGGUGUUAUGGAAAUGCAAGCCCGUUUUGUCACGCGUCUCUUCGAAGAGCACGCUGGCAAUACACUUGACACACUUACCCCUUCACUUGUGGCUGCGCUUCGCGUCGAUAAUAGCAUACAGCGUACAGUAGCACUUCGCAAUGAUCCAAGAUGCUCUCAAUUUCCAAUGGGUGAUUAUGGAUACCUAAUGCAGGAAUUCGCGCACGCACUGGACAUACCCAUCUCCGCACCAAUAGGGACUACGCCACCCCUCGCCAACGGCCGCCCUAUGGACAUUUUAACACCAGCACGAUACAUAAGCCACGGGGCUUCGGAGGCUCAAUAUGCACAGGCUGCAGAAAAUCUCAAGUCCACAUAUAACACUGCGAUUGCAGGUAUUAAGGGGGGUAAAUUUAUUGCAGCUGCUACUUUCCGAUCGCUCUUGGGCGAGUGGAUUCUUGAGCGUGAUCUCAUUUCUACCUUGUCCAGCCACCCCUCCGGGCGGUUCAUUGGCACAGCAAAAUUCUUGCUGCGAAACGGCACGGCGGAUGGACGAGAGCACAAGUUCUCAACAUCUCAACCUGCAGGAGAGUCUGACAGUCCUGUAGAUCCUCCUGACAUGGGGCUUGAGUACUUGUACAUCGAGGACGGUGAGUUCACCGCAGCAGGCACUAACUUGCGGUUCCGAGCUACGCGGCGUUAUAUCUGGCGAUAUGAUGAGGACAGCGACAAAAUAAGCGUUUGGUUUGCACGAACUGACGACUCGGCACGCGCCGAUUACCUGUUCCACGAAAUUGACUUCAUCCCGCCUCCUUCCCUAGUCCCAGACAGCGAUGCCGUAGGGGUGCCAACAGGAGAUGGAAAAGACAAGCGAGAGCCCGCCUGUGGUAAAGAUGAGGCCUGGCGCGCCAAGGCUAAACAUCUUUGCGUAGAGGAUUGGUACAAUGUGCACUACGAGUUCUUUUUCCACGCUGUGAAUCUUUGGGAGUGGAAGCUUGGAUACUCGGUGACGGGGCCUAAGAAGGAUUAUACCAUUCAUGGCACCUAUAGACGGAAACCUGCACCAGAACCCAUUCCAGAGGACGACUGACGAUUAGUGGGACAUUGAUUAACGAGUUACUUCAUUUUUGAGAAGCGGCAUAACUUGCCCUACUAGCGAUUGUUUUUGUGUACUUUAUUUGCUCUAGAUUACUCCGGCGACUGUCGCCCGGAGAGAUUAGUAAUACGAUGUUUAUCUUUAUCUUUAC